AUGACAUCGUCGCCGGAGAUGGGGUCUUCGACAGGGCUUGGUGAAUCUCCAUUGAAAAAGCUUGUGAGCUCCUCAAAGGGCUCUUUUGAAGACGAAAAGUUGUUUGGUCAUGGCGGCGGUAUAGGUGGCGGCGGCGGAGGAGGUUUUGGAGGUGGCGGAGGAUGGGGGCAAGGGGGAGGUGCAGGUGCUGGUGGUGGAGCUGGCUUUGGUGGCGGAGUUGGUGCUGGAGGAGGCGGUGGACUUGGCGGUGGCGGUGGGUUUGGUGGAGGUGGUGGGUCUGGUUUUGGAGGGGGAUCUGGUGGUGGGUUUGGAGGUGGGGUUGGUGGGGGAGCUGGAGGAGGUGGCGGAGGAGGGUUUGGCGGGGGUGGCGGUGGUGGACUUGGUGGCGGAGCUGGCGGCGGAUUUGGUGGAGGAUCUGGUGGUGGCAUUAGAGGUGGAUUUCCUUGA